AUGCGCUUGCCGCAAAUCUUUCACACUUUGCACAAGCGUCUCCAAAGAAUGUUUGAAAAGAACAGCGAGGGCGGCGAGAGUGCCACGCCCAGUAUUCAGGAUAUCGCCGGUCGACUGGCGGAGGAGCAGCAGCGUCUUCGCCAACUGGAGGCCACCACAAUGCCCAAGGAACGGACACUUUUGGUCCUGGGUAGCAAGUGUGUGGGAAAGACGACUGCUAUAAAUAAGUUCUUCGAUCGCGAGGAGCACGCCACGCGUCCAACUUUGGCACUGGAAUAUAGCUUCGGUCGCAGAAUCGGUAGUGGAAAGGCACCCCAAGUGAUGAAUGUUUGGGAACUGGGAUCCCUGGACAAUGCCGAACAACUGCUGGAGGUUCCCAUUAAAACACAUGGUCUGCAGCAACUAGCCGUCUUCAUAAUGUUAGAUCUCUCCCAACCACAACGAUUUUGGACGGAUUUGGAGUGUGCCUACAAGGGAUUGAGGGAUACGGCGCAGAAGAUGAUGCAGAAACUGACACCAGAUCUCAGGGAAAUCCUUGAGCAACGAACAAUAGAGCGAGUGGGUCAGCAGAGCAAGGAGAACCUCGAGCCGCUUCCCUUUCCAGUUGUAAUUGUGGGUGGAAAGUAUGAUAUUUUUUCUGGUUUCGACCCAGUUAUCAGAAAACACACCUGUCGCUGCCUGCGUUCUAUGGCUCAUCUAAUCGGAGGCGCACUGCUAUUCUACUCCCACCGGAUGCCCAAACUGGCCAAGGUCCUGAGAGACACCAUUAGCCACAUGGGAUUCGGAAGUCCUGCACAUCCAUUCCGCUCCCAUGUUGAGGAUUUCAAUGAACCACUUUGCAUUUGGUUCGGAACAGACAGUUGGUCAAAAAUUGGAGAUACUGGUGUCCAGAGUGUGGAGCGCAUUGGAGCCACGUUCGGUGUGGAAGUGCCGCAGUUGCAGCUGGAAAAGCAGAAGCUACAGGAAACACCAGAUCCAGCCAAGGAUCCUGGUUUCAAAGAAUCCCUCAUCGAUGAGAUGCGAUCGCAGAAGAACGAGGAGCUCGCUGGUUUAAUGAGAGAUGCCUUGCUCCGCGGAAAGUUCGAGAGUGUUCAAAAUUAG